CUGGACAUUUUACUUGAGGGAACCGUGUGAACGAACAUGGCUGAGUGGAACUGGGUUCGCGUGCUUGGGUUUGAAGCAGCAAAGAUGCCCUGCUAUUGGAUAUGGGUAGGCAUUUGGAGGCAGGAAGUUGCAUCUGCCAGACACAUGACAUGGCACCUGAGUUCCUGAAGGCGCACAGCGUGGCACCCGAGUUCCUGCAGACGCAUGGCGUGGUAUCCGAAUUCUUGCAGGCACAUGGCAUGGCACCCAGGUUCCGACAAACACAUGGCGUGGCACCCGAAUUCCUGCAGACGCAUAGCAGGUCACCCGAGUUCCUGCAGACGCAUGGCAUGGCACCCGAGUUCCUGAAGACACAUUAACUCUAACCCUGAAUUUCAGCCCACCUCGCUGUGCAGAUGCUUCCAAGACCAGCAUUAAUGAACACAGUAGAAGCUAGUGCACAGGGAGGGCCCCAAGAACCGUGAACUGCAGCAACGGCAGGGAGCUGUGAUGAGCUACGAGGUAAUCCACUCCCACCCCCAGCCUGGGACCUUGGAAUUCUGAAUUCUGCCCACUAUCACCGAGCUGGGUCUUUGUCUGGACUACGAAUGAGGGCACUGUGAAAUGUUCGAAGCGUCCCUGAACUCCAGCUAGGGCUACAAAGUUUACAAAAGAGGCUAGUGAUUGAGAGUCAAAUCAGAUCUAGCUCCUUUACAGCCAAAGAGGGACUGUGAUGAGGGGUGACACCCAGAACCAAGGAGAGGUCGUAGCAGCAGUGUGCUGGUGACAGUCACCGUCCAGGAAGAUGGACUCUGCCCAUCACUGUGACCAGUCUUUUCUUCCUUCAUUUAAGCAACGGCCCCCGGAUGUGGAUGCUGUUGUAGUCCCAUUAUAUCCACGAUGAAACUAGGUGCAGGGGGACCUGAAGUGCUUUAGAAAAUCGCAUGCAUGGUCAGUGCAGAGCUGGGCGUUCAGGCAACCUUACUGGGGAGCCUGCACAGUGGGAGCAGUGUGGACACCGAGAGGGGCCUCCAUCAUGAAAGGGAACCCAGCAGUCCCAUGAUAGGAGCGACUGGCUUAAAGACCGUCUGGUGGAUUUUGAUUGGACUGUUUUCUCCUUAAACAGCCUUCAAAUUUGGCUCCACGGGCAACUUGUCUUCAAGAAAAGAGGCCGUGACCCGCCAGCAUGGCGGCUGGAGUUUGCAUUAGUAAAUGAAUAAACUAGCUGCCUGAGUCUAUACACACGUCUGUCAAGGGGAGCCCACUCCAGAAUGGGGCCCACUCUGUACCAACUUAAUUGAGAUUCUGAGUGUGCAGGUGCUGGCUCCAGCCCUGGUGCCAAGGAGCCCUCUCCUGGACUCCUCUCGGCAGAACUGGCCCGCCUUCCUAAGGGACGGCCUAGCUGUGAAUUUGAGCUGCUUGGUCAGGUGGCCAGGGUCAUCUGGACAGAAGGCUAUGACGGUGCCAGGUUCCAGUGUGUGUUCCAAGUUCCACGUUCUGUAUCAGACUCCAGGCGCCAGACCAAAGGCGGCUCCUAGCAGGGAACCGGGAGGACAUAGAACAUUAGCAGCAUUCUGGAAACUGCUCUAAAUCGAAACCACCAAAGGGUCCACGAGCUCUUCCUCUCCCCACUUCCUGAGAGCAGCCAUGGCCCUGAGUGACACCGAUGUGCAGAAGCAGAUCAAGCACAUGAUGGCUUUCAUUGAACAAGAAGCCAACGAAAAGGCAGAGGAGAUCGACGCCAAGGCGGAGGAAGAGUUUAACAUUGAGAAAGGCCGCCUCGUGCAAACGCAGCGACUAAAGAUCAUGGAUUAUUAUGAGAAGAAGGAGAAGCAGAUAGAACAGCAGAAAAAAAUCCAGCUGUCCACCAUGAGAAAUCAGGCGCGGAUCACAGUCCUGAGAGCCCGAGACAACCUCAUCUUGGAACUGCUCGAGGAUGCGAAGGUGAGACUCAGUACCAUUGUGCUGGAUCCAGAUGUCUAUCAGGAGCUGCUGGACAAGCUCGUGCUCCAGGCCUUGCUCCGGCUCCUGGAGCCGGCGAUGAUCGUCCGCUGCAGGCCACAGGACCUCCACCUGGUGGAGGCUGCCGUGCAAAGAGCCCUCCCUCAGUACUUGAUGCUCUGCCAAAAGCGUUCAGACGUCCAGGUUGAUCAUGAGGCCUACUUGGCUCCAAAUGCCGCUGGCGGGGUGGAGGUCUAUAGCAGCGACCAGAAAAUAAAGGUUUCCAAUACCCUGGAAAGUCGGCUGACUCUGGCGGCCCUGGAAAAGAUGCCAGAGAUACGAAGGACUUUGUUUGGAGGUAAUGCCAAUAGAAAGUUCUUUACAUAAAGGCGCUGGAAAGGGAAGCUUGGGUUGAACUGCAAAGUCAAAAAAGUCUUAAGUCAUUUGAACAAAGGGAACUGGGGGCGGGAUGCGUCUUCCUCCUUGGAAGCUGUGCUGUUGAUUCCUAGCUUUGAAUAGCUAAAAGAAUGACACCUUGUUUACUCUGGAAUAAAGCACAAAUGAUGCUCAGAA